AUGAAAAUAGGGCCCUCUGCGAUGAGGGCCGAUAUUGGCCUAAUAUUUUUUCUAUAUUUUAUCAUAUUUUUUCUAUUUUUAACACUACCAGUUACUGGUGAAACACAUCGAAUUGUUGAGGGACCAGUUGAAUUGACACAAUUAUUAACAUCGUUGGAUCAACAAGUUGAAUGUGGACAUGUUUAUGAAGCUGAACACUUUUUAGUGGCGGCGGUUUCGAAUCAAAUACCUCGAAUUAUUCCACUAGCACGUUUUUUGACUGAUCAACGAAGUGUUGAACCGGAAAAGAUUUUGGAAGGUGCAAGCACUUCGAUGUAUAAACCAUUCAAUGUCACGUUCACACCAAAGAAACCAUAUUUUUAUGGAUUGCAAUUAAGUUGUGGAGAUGGUGAUAAAAAGACAAGGUUUGUGAUCUAAUUUUUCGUGGCAUUUAGAUCAAAAAUAUGUUUCUCUCACUUUUGCGCUGACUUUAUUUUGAAAAAAAAAUACACCGUGUCUGCCCAAAAAAAUCCCAAAUUUGUUUUUGUUCUCACAUAAACAAAUUUUUUUCAUAUUUAAUAAACCGUGAGAACUUCCGGUCCCCCAAUACAAUUUCUUUUUCUAUUCUGUCCCAAAAUUAGCAUAGGCUCGAUCAAUGGGAAAAAGAAAAAAUACUAUCGAAUUUCAUAUAAACAUGUUGUGUUUUCUCCCCCAUUUUUGGCGAGUUUUGAGGGCUUUUUGUUGUUGAAUAAUUGAUUUUUUACGGCGGAACGAACGUGUAAAAAAACAAUGGGGGAGAACAACAAAAAUUUGGAACAAAUUUUAAAGGCACAUAGGAUAUCUUGAAGCGAAAAUAUGUUCGUGUUCUCUCGGAGAAAAAAAAAAAAAUUUUUCUGAUUUUUCCAGGGAAGCUUUAUUCGAAAAACUGUAGUUUUUCAAAGAUCUUGAGACGAAAUUAUUUUGUGUAGUUCUCUCGGAUGAUUUUUUUUUCAAUUUUUCCCUCAAUCAAAAACCGUAGUUUUCAAAGGCGCACAAAUAAUUCUGAAAAUAUCUCCUACCGAAUUAGUUUUUUUUUGUGUAGUUCUCUUUGACAAUUUCCAAAUUUUUCCAUGAAGCGUGAAAAAGUGUCUUGUGAUAAAAAAAAUAAAUGAAAACAAACAAAGCUCACAGAGAUUUAUAUUUGAUGAGAAUCAUGAGAUGAAGAAAAAAAGGGGAGAAGUGUAAAGAAAAAAAGAGGGAGAGAAAAGGAAAUUAAAUUUUUUUAUGCUUCUUCUUGAAUUUUGAUUUGAAACAAGAAAAAACACGAUUUUUCAUGACCGAGAAAAAUUUUUUGAAAUACAUUUUUUCCAGAAAAUGGUUGCCACGUUUGGUUUUCGCGUCAAAUCACAGUACAACGAAUUAUUUAACAGUUGAUGUCAAGCAAUUCGAUAUUGAUUUGUGUGGAAAAGUCGAAUGUCAAACGAAGGUAAGAUUUUCCAAAAAAAAAAGAGUUCGCGGGGAUCGUUCCUCGAACUUGGGUGUCGCGAUUCUCAGCAAAACGCUCUACCACUGAACCACGCGCGUUGCUGGUUUCGAUACCUCAAAUUUCGGUGAAAAACAACUCUCGAUUUGUUUUACUGUAGUGUUCGGUGGAGCGCGUUUGCAUUUCCCCUCUUAAUUUUCUUAUCUCAAAUAUUUAGUGGCUUGUAAGACAACCUCUUCUCAUAUGUCAAAUUUUCCCAUCAAAAAAUGGUUGAGUGCCGAAUUUCCGGUCUUGCUCUUUCUUUUUUGGACAAUAAUGCUUUGCUCCCCAAAAAAAGUAUGUAGAAGUUGGAUUCAGACAGCGAGAGGAAGUGAGAGACGCAGAGAUAUUCUGGUGUUCCCUAGAGAGUUUUUCUCUCUCUCUCGUUUUUUCAAGCCUAGCAGCAUAUAAACACCGAUUUAUCUUUUCUUUUUGUGUUGUUUGGGACCCGGAGAGCACAAAAAAAAGCAAAGAAAGCACAGAAAAAAUAGAAGGGGGAAAAAGGAAAUGAACCGAAAAACGGCGAAGGAAAAAAGAAGAAGAAGAAAAAAGUUUUGGGACACACUUCUCUCUUUUUUGCACAUACUUUUUAUGCAGAUUUUUUUUGAGAUGAGCGAGAUGUGACAAGAGGGAAUAAACAUUUUAUGAGCAGUUUUUUUGAAACAGUGGGAAUUUUGGGAAACAAAAUUUGAAAGAGAAAAAUUCAAAUUUUUUCUUUCUAAAAAAUUUGAAACAGUAAAUUUUUGGGAAUCACAGAAAAUGUGUAUAUCAGUAAAAUUAAUUCAAGAAUUGAAAUAACAAUUUUUUGAAACAGUGAAAUUUCAAAAAAAAAAACUAGAUCAGAAUUUUUCGAAAAAAAAUUUUUUGCGAAAAAAACAUUUACUUUUUAGAGUUUAAGAAAUUAUUCAAAAAUUUUGUGAGUUCUGAAUUUUGAUUUUUUAGAAAAAUCUUAUCCUAAUAAUUGUAAAACUUAAUCUCUUCUUUCAAAAAAAAUUUGAAACAGUCAAUUUUUUUGAAUAUAACUUUUUCAAUAAAAAAUUCAUGUGAUACAGUGAAAAAAUAAUUUUUUAAAUGAAGAUUUGGGGACAGUUUUGAAGUUUUGUGACGCAUCAAAAUGAAUUUUAGAAUUUAUUUCGAAAAGAUUUGAAACAGUUAAAAAUCUCCAAACCAAAAUCGGGAAAUAAAUUAAAAAAUUCAGCUCAUAAUUUUCUGAAUCAAUGAAUAUGCAGAAAAUGCAGUAAUUUUAUACUAGAAUUUCGUAAAAUUUUUGAUGCGUAGAUAUGCAAAUAAUUAUUUCAAAGAAUUUCGAAAAAUUCAAAACAGUAUUUUGAAACAGUGAAUUUUUUCAGUUUGAAAAUUUUGUGCGAUCUGACAAACAAAACAAAACAGGACUAGAUAUUUCUCGAAAAAAUUUAAAUAACUAUUUUUUGAAACAGUGAAAUUUUUGUAAAUUUAUAUUGUUGGAAGCAGCAAGCACUAUUUUAGCAAAAUUCUGAAACAGUGAAAUCUCUCAAAUCCAAUAAAUAUCUCUAUUUUUCCAGUGCACAUGGACAGUUCACGGUGGUUUGCGUGUUUCGGCAAAAGCGUGUUGUGCUCCCGAUCCCUUGAAUAAUACUCGUUAUUUGUGUCGAAGUGAUGGCGAACGAGGUUCGUUUAUAAGUACGUUUUUAAUUCUUUUUUUUCGGGAAAUAUAUAUUAAAGACACAAUAACAAACACCAUGUGCGCUCUAUCGCACACUGAUUUUCCUUUUUUGGUGUUAUUGUGUCUUAUUGUGCUUCUACCACACACACACACAAAAAUAUUCAGAAUUUAUCACUUUUUCAUUCACAUCACAGAGAAAUCUAUAAAUUUUAAAGGCGGGUACAGUACUCCAAAUUUCUUCAGGUCGCCAUAUGCUUUUGGCAUUCAAUUCGGUUUGCGCAUUCGUUUGUCUGGCAUUGAUCCCAAUUGUUUGUUAUCAGCGAAAAAGACAGCAUGAGGUACGGUCAUUUUGAAAAAAAACUGAAUUUUUACAUUUCAAUUUCAGGUUCGAGGCUGGGCAUUGAUGGAAUUGUUUUUGUUAGGCGCAUCGAUUUUAUAUUCCAUUGUGAGUUUUUUUUUUGAAAAUGAGAAAAAAGGUUACUUUUUCAAAAAUUGUCGAAAGGCUUUGUUGAAAUUUUUUGAAUAUUGAUUUUAGACUUAACAAAACUUAAAGUUCACAAAAAAUUACUCCAAAUCAUCCCAGAUAAGAGGAUUUGGAUUAUUUCUGACAGAAAACCCCAAUUUUAAAAAUAUUGAAUGUUUUCAAUUAGAAUUUUCAAUGAAUAAAAAAAUCAAAGAAAUUACUUUUUAUAUAAACUAAAAAAGUUCACUAUAUUUUGAAACAGUAAAUUUUUUCGUACAAUUUUUCUGGACAAUUGGAAAAUUUUUACCGUUUCAAAAAUACUAUGUUCUUUUUCCAACACAUAUAUUGGAUUCCACGAAAAUCGAGAAAAAUAUGUGAAAAUUUUGAAACAGUAAAUUUUUGAAAAAUAUUGAGAUUUUGUUUUUACCCAAAUUCAGGAAAUAAAAAUUCUGAUGAUAUAAAUUUUUUUCAAAAGUAUUUUCCAACUGAAAAAAUUCACUGUUUCAAAAAAUGCACAAAUAUUUGUUAUUUAUUUUGAACUCUGCUCUGUCUUCUGCAAAACAUGAAUUCACCCAGAUAUAAAACACAUUUGAAUAUUUUUGAACAUCUUCAAAAUUUCGCUGUUUCAAAAAAUACAUUAAUUUUUCAUAGCUAUCUAAUUUUGAGUUCCUUUUUGGAAAAAUAAGUAAUUUUGUUCAUCUCAAAAAAUUACUGUUUCAAAAAAAAAAAAUUUGUUCUCUCAUUCAAAAAUUGCUCUUUUCUUGUAGCUUCGGAAAAAUUCAUAAAUAAAAAUUUUUUUUUUCCAAAAUUUCAAAUUUUUUUGCAGUUAUUUUUGGAUUGGUUAGCUCCGCCCGAAGCUGGUUGUUGUGUUGCGGUUUGGUUGCGACAAAUUGGAUUUUCGAUUUUCUAUGGAUCAAUUGUGCUCAAAAUUUAUAGGUCAGCCAUUUUUUUUUUCGUUGAACUCAAUUUCAAUUCAUCACUCAUUUUACACGCACAUUUUGGAUGUAGUAAGAGAAAGGACGAUAAAGAGAACAAAAAACUAAUUUGAAACAACAUUUUGUUGCGUGAUAGAAUUUGAAAUGUUUUUUUUUGAAGAGAAGAAAAAGAAGAGAUAUUUAUGUGAAAAUGAGGGAGAUUUUGGAUUUGAGGGGAAAAAUGGAAAAAAUACGUUUCAAAAAUUAUUUUUGUGAAAUUUCAUAUUUGGUUAUUUCAAUCAGGUCUACCAUCCUUCUCUGGACAUAAGAUUAAAUAAAUCAUUUCUAGGAUUACGGUAUUUUCAAUACCGUUACAAUUUUAUUCAGUUAGUUUUUGGCAUUUGGAAAAUUGGGGGUGAAUUAUUUCAGAAAAAAUCUUCGCAGUGUCGACUUUUCACUGUUUCAACAAUUAUUGAUUUUUCAAAAGAAAAACAAUUUUCAAAAAAAUAAUUUUCACUGUUUCAAAUUUUUUUGAAUUUAAAUUGUUCGUGUAUCCUACGAUUCCACAAAUCUCCGUUGUAAUUGAAUUUGGUCGAUUAAAUCAUUUUGGUUGUGGAAAAAUGUUUAAAAGAAAUAUGUUUCAAAAAUUAUUCUUGUACAACUUACUCAACUAAAUUUUAUUCAGUUCAAUAUUUUUGAAAACAAUUUUUUUAACUCCGCAGGGUAUAAAAAAACAACUUUUUUCACUGUUUCAAAAAUUAUUGAUGUACAAUUUUUUGAGCAGUUUUUCCAUUCAUUUCAUUGGAUGCGGGCAAAAUUUUAUUCCGAAUAAUAAUGUUCACUGCUUCCAUGAAAAUUAUAAUUUUUGGAUAAAUUUGAUCGUCAAAAUAAUUUUCAAUUUAAAAUUCCAGAAAUCCCAUAAAUUUCCACUGUUUCGAUAAUUUAUGUGAAAAAAAAAUCCAGAAAUUCAGAAAUUUUCUCAACUGAAAAUCUUCACUGUUUCAAACAAUCUUUUCAAAAAACAAUUUUUUUUGGUUCAAUUUAAUCACUAUUUGGGUUUGAAAAUUUACUGUUUCAAAAAUAAUUUAUUCUCGAAAAAUGUUAGAUUGUUUUGGUUCCAAUUUCUCAUUUGAAAUUAUUUAGCGAAUAAAAAACAACAAUAAUUUUUCAAAACUUUGCAAUGUCUAAAAAAUUAAUUUUUUCACUGUUUCAAAAAUUAUGAAAAUUAUUUAGAAAAUGGAAAAUUUGAUUACCAAGAUUUUUAAGGUAAAUGUGGAUAAAUUUUUAAAAGUGAAAAUUAUAAUUGUUCAAAAAAAUUCAAAAAAAAAAUGAAUUUUUCAGAAGAAAAAAAUCGGAAAAAGCUUCAGUGUCAAAAAAAAUUAAUACUUUUUUCACUGUUUCAAAAAAUAUUGAAUUUAAAAUAUUCUCUGUCAUACAAUGAUCAAUUCAAGUUAUUCAAGUAAAAAAUCCAUAAUUCCAGAAAAUGUCUAUUGUUUAAGUUAAAAAUUAAGCUAUUUUCUCAACUAAAAAAUUUCACUGUUUCAAAUAGUUAUGAAAAUUAUUAAGAAAAUUGAAAAUUUGAUUAGGUGAAUAGUGGAGAAAUUUUUACAAGUGAAAAUUAUAAUUGUUCAAAAAAAAAAUUCAAAAAAAUGAGUAUUUAUGAAUUUGCUCAGGGAAAAAAAUCAAAAAAGCUUCGCAGUGUCUAAAACAUAACGUUUUUCCACUGUUGCAAAAAUUAUUGAUGUACAAUUUUUUGACCAGUUUUUCAUUCGCAUUAGUUUCGGCAAAAAAUUUCAAACAAUAAUUCACUGUUUCAAGAAUUAUUGAAUUUAGAAUAUUCUGUGCCCUACAAUGAUCAAUUCAAGUUAUUCAAGUAAAAAAUUCAGAAUUCCACAAAAUUUCUACUGUUUAAAUUAAAAAUCAAGUUAUUUUCUCAACUAAAAAAUUUCACUGUUUCAAAAAAUAUUGAAUUUAAAAUAUUUUUGUGUGUUCUCCAAUUCGACCUUCUAACGUUUUCAAAAAAAAAUUAAAUAAAUAUCCCUUCAAAAUUUUUUCAGGAAUCUUCAAGAAUACCGUGUCCGAAAAGCGCAACAUGUAUCAGUUCGCGAACAAGAUAUGCUCAAAUAUUUGGCAGCAAUGUUAGCUCUAACCGUAACCGGUUUAAUGGCUUGGACAGUUGGUUCAUGGGGUGAUAUGGCAUUAUGGAAAACCGCUUGGCCACAAUGUCAUAUGCAAGGAUGGCAUGUUAUUUGGCAUGGUUAUGAGUUGUUAUUCCUUUUAUAUGCUGUUCGAUUGUGUUAUAAGGCGAGAAAUAGUGAUUGGUUGGAAAGAUGGCAAUUUACGGUUGCUGUUUGUUUGGAGGCUAUUAUUACACUUAUGGCUAAUCUUAUUAGGUGAGCUGGAUUCCAGAAUGAAAAAAUUAUGUUAAUUUCGAUUUUUUCUGAAAUUUCUGAUUGAAAUUAUUUUAAUCUUUAAAUUUUUUGAAUUUCAGAAAAAAAUUAACUUUGAAAUUUUUUGACGUCAAAUCUGAACAUUUGGAUUUGAGCCAAAAUUUGAAUAUUUUUGAAUUCAAUCUUUUUCAAAUUUCAGGCAGAAAAUCUGAAAUUUUUGAAAAAAAAACUGAUUUUUCUGAUAUUUUAUUUUUUAAAUUCAGUUUUUUUUUGAAAAUUCAACAAAUUUCAAGAAAAUCUUAAAUUUCCCCCCAAAAAACUCACAUUUCCCCUCGAUUUUUGCAGGUAUUCAAUUCGUAAUUCUGGUCGAGCCGACACAUUAUUCAUAGUCUCAUUUGUGCAUCUCCAAUUAACAGUUUCCGUGAAUAUUGUCAUAAUUGUUGCGCCGAAAUUCUAUUUAUCGAAUGGCGAACCGAGUCGACGAUCGAUGACUUUGGGUGGACAUUCUGGAAGAGCACAUCCAAGUUUGGCAAAACUUCGAGAUAAUAUUCUGAAUGGAACUAUCGAUUUUGCGGAAGUUCCGAUCGUUGAUAUGAAUCCUGAAGAUAUUCGAGUUCGUUUUUGCUUAUCCUAAAUUCUUUCUAAAAAUUUAAAUUUUCAGGCUGAACUGAAGCGUGUUUACACGCAGCUUCGGAUGUAUAAAUUGAAGAAUUUGUAUCAAGACAAUCCGCAUAUUUCGAAGAAGCGUGGCGGCAAGAAGUGGAGCGAUAAGAAUGCGAAAACUCGUCGAAUCUCGAUUCCUUCUUGUUCGCCACAGGCAAAGCGGAUAGAGGAGGAUGAGAAGAGUGAUUUGACUGUUGAAUCGGCACCACACAAUGUGUAUUUGAGCACAUACAAAAUGCAAAUGGAGCAGAACCAUUCAGUUCGGGUAUAG